UGUAACCUUACGCGGAAGAGCCUCGUUGCAAACAUCUCCCUGAUUUCGCCGCAAAACGUGUUGCAUAAACUCGUCGUUACCCUGUUUUAGCUUUAGGAUUUAUUUAUUUAUUUUUUUUUACUUGCUGCUCCGUUAAUUGUGCUGUAACUCUUCCUGCUUGAAAAUAACCGUCAGUAAACUGUAACAAGCUCCCGAAAAGCUGAAGAAAAUGCCAGCUCGGAAUAUUGUAUCCCACGACACUCCUAACAGCAAAGUUAGGUACUCCAAGUUACCCACAGAUGAUGACGGCUACAUAGAUUUACAGUUCAAAAAGAGCCCACCCAAGGUCCCGUACAAAGCAAUCGCCCUCGCCUCAGUGCUCUUUCUAAUCGGCUCUAUCUUAAUCGUCAUUGGUGCUCUUCUUCUGGCUGGAUACUUUGGAGUUACUAACAGCGACCGAACAGUGCCUGUUCUGAUCAUCGGUAUCAUUGUCUUCCUGCCUGGAAUUUACCACCUACGUAUAGCUUAUUAUGCAUCGAAGGGCUAUCCAGGGUACUCCUAUGAUGACAUCCCAGACUUUGAUGACUGAACCACAAUAAAGCUUCAGCUGCAGUCUUCCUACAAUUGCAUGCAUUCAUGUAUUGCUUGUACUAAGUUUAAGAUAGCUAAAAACAUCUUAAGGAGUAAUCGUUUUUGGAAAUCAAUGUUCUUGUUAGUAUGUGAAUGUGUUUGUUUCAGUAAAUUAUUAAAAUGAUCUUUUAACUAUG